AUGGACAAAGACUUCUACCUCGACAAAAUCAACCAGCUCCUUAGGCGACACAAAUAUAGCGACACAAAUACUUACGAAAAACUGACGAAAAAUCCCCUCCAGAACGUUCCCACAGAAUUUUUUCGGAAAGGAAGGGCCACAACCUUUAUUCUUCUCAUGAAUUAUAUCGCCUCCUCCUCCUCCUUCGGAUAUCGAGGAGGAGGAGGAGGAGGAGGAGGAGGAGAUGGAGGCGGGAGGAGGGUGGUAUAUGCUGGUGACCGGGACAUCAGUGAACAGCGACGAGACACCCCCCCUCCUAAAACCCUUCUCUCGCCCCACACCCCACCCCCGCCCACGAGAGGCGGGCGGGCGGCGGCGGCGGCGGCGGCGGCGGCAGCGGUGCUUCAAAUGCUUACAGGGCGGUUCAUACCCCAUCCUCCACCCACUUCCAACGUCUUGGCCAAUGGCGUGGCGCCUCUCGGGUCGUCUCGACCAAUGGGCAGGAAGGCCCCGCCCACUUUCACCUGGGUUCUGCCUGGGGGCCGACCCCUGACCCCGGCAGACGGGGUGGCUACGCUCGCACCUCUGCUCUGGAAGCUGGAAGCUGAAGAAAGAAGAAGAAAGAAGAAGAAGAAGAAGAAGAAGAAGAGAAGAGGAGGAGGAGGAGGAGGAGGAGGAGGAGGAGGAGGAGCCGCUAAUAUGAGACAGGGUGGCUAUGCUCCUCUGCUCUGGAAGCUGAAGCUGGAAGAAGAAGAAGAAGAAGAGAAGAAGAAGAAGAAGAAGGAGGAGGAGGAGGAGAGGAGGAGGAGGUGGAGGAGGAGGAGGAGGAUGAGGAAGGAAGGAGGGGAUUUGGGGCUCUGUUCUCCAGAUGACGACUUCGAGGAGGAGGAGGAGGAGGAUAUAAGACGUAUUGGAAACGACCAGGCCUUCGAUGAACCUACUAAACGUAAGGUCUACAAAGAGGAGGAGGAGAAGGAGAAGGAGAAGGAGAAGGAGAAGGAGAAGGAGAAGGAGAAGGAGAAGGAGAAGUGGUCGAGGAGGAGGAGGAGGAGGAGGAGGAGGAGGAGAAGCGGCAAAAAGAGGAGAAGAAGAUAG